AUGGCAUUAUUUGGUGUUUGUGUUGACACGUCAGAAGCUGUAGAAUUAUUCUCCCCUCAUGGUCUCUAUCUUAAACCAAUAGCUAAAUUAAAUAUAAGUGUACAGUUACCAGCAAUGAAAUCUCCUGGCCAGUCAAUAUCCAAUUGGGAACUUAUGGAAAAAUUGAAAAAGAUGAUAAAACCGGAGCAAUUUUUGGUUUUGAAAGUGGCUAAAACAACUUUGGAAUUUGUACGAUUUGAAGGUGAAGUUGAAAGUAAAAGUCGAUUAAAAUUCAUGUUGAACCAGUUAGAAAACAAAACAAUAAAGUUGAGUGGCUUCACAGAAGUGUUAAAGGUAAAAGCAGCAGAAGCAAAAACACAGGGUCCAACAAGGCACGAUUGGGAUUCCUUUUUCAGAGAUGCGAAAGACAUGGAUGAAAUGAAGGCUGGAGAGAGACCAGACACCGUGCAUGUGAAAGAUCUUCCAUGCAGGUGGUUUGCCAACAAAAUCGAAAAAGACAUCCCAAACGAAUUUAUUGUAAGAAAAGUUUUUGAAACAUUUGGUAGAAUCAAUGCAUUAGACAUCCCUAUUUUGAAUCCAUGCAACAAAGACUUGUCGUCUGCUAAAGGAGCUAUCAAAACAUUUUCAUUUGGGCAAGAUUUUCUUUUUGAAGUGUUCAUCCAAUAUAAAGAGUAUUUAAGCUUUGAGAAAGCAAUGAUGGCGUUCAGAGGAAUGAAGUUACUUUUUAAAGAAUCAGAAAACAAGUCUCUCACAGCAUACAUAAAAGUUGAUUUUGAUAAAACAAAACAUUUGAGUGAAAAAUCAAUAAGAAAAAGAAAAAUAGAAAUUGAGAGAUUUCAUAAAUCUGAAAGGGAAAAAGAGGAAGCUCUGGAACGAGAAAGACUCCGAGAACUAAAACUGAAAGAAGAAUUGCUUCGUAAACAAGAAGAAGAAGAGCAGGAAAGGGAAAAGAAAAGAGAGGAGAAAUUAAGACUGAGACGAGAAAGACAGCAAGUGAGAGAGGAGCGGAGAAAGAUAAGGAAGAUGGAGAAAAAACGAGUCGAGGAGGAAAAAAGAAUGCAGAUGAGGAUCGCUCUCGAGGAACGAAAAAUACUUAUUGCGCAACGAAAACUCGAAACCAUCAGAUUGCUUUCCGAAUUGUUCAACAGAAUUAAGGUGAGUUUUUGUUAG